AUGAGAUUGAUUUCUGAUGACAUUUUAGUUGCCUAUGAACUUAUGCACCAUUUGAAGAAUAAGAAACAUAUGAGAAAGGGUUUCUUUGCUUUAAAGCUUGACAUUAGCAGGGCUUAUGAUCAGGUGGAGUGGAGUUUCUUAGAGGCAAUAAUGGACAGGAUGGGGUUUCAUUAUAGGUGGAUCACUAGUCUAAAGAUUUGUGUAAGAUCUGUCUCAUAUUCGAUUGUGGUCAACGGAAGGCUCACCAAUGAAAUAUUUCUUGUGUCACCAUAUUUAUUUCGUUUGUGUACUAAAGGUCUUUCUGCCUUAUUAAAGAAGUGUCAAGAUCAGGGGUUGCUACAUGCAGGACAGGCAAGCCGAAAUGGACCUCAAGUUAAUCACUUAUUCUUUGCGGAUGACAGCCUCCUAUUCGCAAUGGCUAAUAGAGGACAAAAGGAGGAGAUCAGAACCAUGUUUGGUGUGAAUGAGACAACAAAUGUAGAGAAGUACUUGGGUCAGCAAGCAAUGGUGGGGAGAGACAAGAGAAGGGCUUUUAGAGACCUAAAGGAUGGAAUAAAGACAAGGAUGAAUGGAAGAUGUCAGAGAUUGUUGUCAUUGGGGGGAAAGGAAGUCUUCAUUAAAUCCAUUCUGCAAUCAAUUCCUACUUAUGUAAUGAGCUGCUUUCUUCUACCAAAAACACUAUGUGUGAAGAGAUCAAUAAAUUGUUUAACAAUUAUUGGUGGAGAAACAAUAAGGAGUCAAGAGGAAUACACUGGCAGAAUUGGAAGGAAUUGGCAAAGGCAAAAAGAUGGAGGUAUGGGGUUUAGAGAGAUGGGGGAGUUCAACAAGGAUCACAUCCGUCAAUCACGUGGACUGGCAUAUGGGCAACUAAGGAAGUUCUAUAGCAAGGCCUAA